UUUAAUACAAAACACACCACAAGUGGCCCAUUGGAGGGGGGAAAAAGACAUUUGAUGCUUCGCAGAGUAAAACAAUCCAUUAAUUUCACCCAUCACAUGAUAACAAUCUGACAUCCUUUCAAGCAUGGAGGUGGAAAACAUUUCCUAAAUCAAUGCUUCACUGGCCUCAACUGUGAAAAAAAAAAAAAAAAACUUUCCAAGUUUAACACUUCCCCUCCGAAAAUAUUGCAGCUCUCUCCACCAACCCCCUGAAUGACUUUAGAACAGUCCGCACCUUGCAGUGACUUCAGCUAAGCCCCCUUACGUUCAGUCAUGCGUGGACAGUGUAAUAUCCUACAUCGCUUGUAGGCUGUCCAACAGCCGGGUAAAGCCAGCUCAAUCUAUCAGUGUACAUGCCAGACGACCGUUCGGCCGUAACCACAUCAGGCAAGCCAAUGAAGCCAUGCCCAUAGAAUCCUGCCCACAUAACACUGCUGAAAAAGCUGUCACCCAAACUUUGGCCAGCCAGUUAGCAGGGUCUAUGAUGUGGCGCGUUCUCUCUAGAGCGCUCUGUUGAGUCAGCUUGGAUCUUGGAAUCUGAUGCACUGAAUCCUAACACAUGAUCUUCAUCUGUUUGAUGAUUCACUUUUUCUUUCUGCAAGGGAAUUAGCUCUGUCUUUCUGCUUUUUUGUGACAGCUGUGUUAUAAACUCUCUCUUGUGACUUGCACAAGUGCGAGUCGACUGUGAGGAUUGUAAUUGUAUGAAGAGGUCUCGUCGACAUCAGAUUUGUCCCGAGUUCAUCAGUGGAUGUAUAAUUCCAGUUCUUCCAUAUUGGAAAAGAGACAACCAAGUGGACAGUCUGGAGAACAUCUGCCAGACUUACAUCAAGAAGAAUUUAGUCUUACCUUGUGGAAUUAUAACAGUCUAUUGGAGAUAAAGUGUCCAAAAGUUUCAGAUAACAAAAGCUAGGAGAUGCUGUGCAACAUUUGAAGGAAAUCGUCAAAGGAAAAAAAAUAAACCAACAAUUUUCUGAAGAGAAUUGGACAAAAUCUGUGAAGGAACGCCGGAACUUACACAACACUUUUGCGUCAAGAGUCACACCCGGACGAAUCGCAUUCAGCGUAAUUGGACACAACAUGGCAGCCAAACUUGCAUUUCUGGGACUUUUUGUCGUCGCCGUGGUGAGCGCAAUGGACCAUGACAGCUGCUUCCAACCUGUCACACGCAUCAUCAAACAUCAAGAGUUACUCAAGUCGAACCUGCACGUUUUUAGCGUGGAGGGCAUCACGGAUUAUUCUCAGUUGGUCGUCGACAAGAGGUCCCACGAACUACUCGUUGGCGCCAGAGAUUUGCUGGUGAGAUUAAACCUGGAUGAUCUGUCCAUAAUUGAGUCCACAGAAUGGAGGCCUCGGAUGCAAGACAUAGACAGAUGUCAGAGAAAGGGUGAAUCCUUGGAAAAGUGUUGUAACUACAUCCGGGUCCUGUUGCUGCAAGGGGAGCGAGUCUUUGCUUGUGGAACCAACGCUUUCUCACCGACGUGCACAUGGCGACAGAAAUCCAACCUGACCCUUGUCGAGGAGAGUGUGACGGGCAUUGCGCGCUGCCCUUACGACCCCAGCAGCAACACCACGGCGCUCUUUACGCAAGACGGCGACCUGUACAGCGCCACCGUUAUGGACUUCACGGCCCGCGAUCCCGUACUGUACCGCACGCUGGGGAGCUCGCGCCCGCUGCGGACUGCUCAGCUCAACUCCAAGUGGUUGAAUGAGCCAAACUUCAUUUCUUCAUAUGAGAUUGGGCCGUGGGUCUACUUUUUCUUCCGAGAGAGGGCCGUGGAAUUUUCAAAUUGUGGCAAGGUGGUCUACUCCAGAGUUGCUCGUGUAUGCAAGAACGACUCCGGAGGACAGUUUUUAUUGGAGGACAACUGGACGACUUUUAUGAAGGCUCGCAUCACAUGCACCAUCCCAGGAGAAUAUCCAUUUCACUUCAACGAGCUCCAGUCCACCUUUUACGAGGAGUCAACUCAGACCAUCUACGGGGUCUUCACCACCCCGAGCGGUGUGGCCCACGCCUCGGCCGUGUGCGCCUUCAGUCUGGCCCACAUUGAGGCUUCCUUCCAGGGCCCGUUCAAAUACCAACAGAACUCGCGCUCGGCCUGGACGAACCAGAUCAACUCCAAUCCUCAUUUCAAUUGCAACAUGCAGCAGAGUCGGAAUCUUCAAGACGCUCAGAAGUACCAGCUGAUGGCCGGUGAGGUGGUCCCAUCCAACCGAGUGCCUCUGUUCGUGUCCAAGCCGCAAAAACCACAGCUUGAUCGCAUCGUCGUGGACAUAGUUGAAGGCAAAUAUGAGACAUACCAUGUGAUGUUCCUUGGAACAGAAGACGGCAAGAUCACUAAGGUAGUCAGGUUACCGGGUACGGACACGUCUUGCGAGAUUGAGAUCCUGUGUGUUACGCCUAAUCGACAGUGCCAACCACUGAAAAGGAUUGAGCUUCACUCAGAGAUGGGCGCCCUCUAUGUAGGGAUGUCGUUCGGUGUCGUGAUGGUGUCGGUACAACGGUGUCACAUGUACACCACAAUGAAGGAAUGUGUGGAGGCCAGAGAUCCCUACUGCGGCUGGAACACACAAACUGACGCCUGCACGACAAGACCACAAGAUAAGGACACCUUGGACCUUUGGAUACAGGAAAUUACAGCGUGUCCGGUCGUCAACAGAGCAGUUGACGGCGACUACGGCAGCUGGUCCGACUGGUUCCCGUGCCACGAUCCCACCGGUGACUCCAAGUGCCAGUGUCGCCGUCGCGUCUGCGACACGCCGGCCCCCAAGUGCGGGGGCUUACCGUGCCAGGGGGAGAGUAUCCAGGUCUCAAACUGUUCAGGUACAGCCGUUGUCGUGAGAAAUUCAGGAUCAUGGAGUGAAUGGAGUGCAUGGAGCGUCUGCUCGGCCAAGUGUAACGGAGGCAUCCAGACACGGUCAAGACACUGCCUAGGGGGCAGCGUCUGCAUGGGCACGCCCGAAGAGUCAAGAGAGUGCAACAAACAACUCUGCAGAGAGACUCGCAAGACCACCCGCUGGACCCCCUGGAUGAUCCAGAAUGCCACCCAGGACAGCUUCCUCCUCAAGCGCUACCGGUUCCUGUGCAAGGCGCCGGUGAUCGACCGGUCCCUGCUGCGCAUCGGCCGCAUGAAGGUGGAGUACCAGCUCUGUCCGUACCUCAGCAAGACUUGCUGGCCGACCGGAGGUGAGGAGUCGGAAGUGGAACAGCUGAACAGACUGAUAGGAUCGUUUGGAGGCUGGACGGUAUGGUCGCCGUGGUUACCGUGCAGCGUCACCUGCGGUAGCGGCGGGACUCAGCAGCGUCACCGGUCCUGUUUCCCUGGUAACACGCAGUGCACCGGUGAAUCCUACCAACAUCAGAGCUGCUCGGGCUACACCGAGUGCCCAGUGGACGGUGGUUGGAGCUGUUGGAGCGAGUGGUCAGACUGCAGCGAGUCUUGCGGUGAAGGGUUGCAUCAACGGACGCGGACCUGUACCAACCCUAUCCCCGCCCACGGAGGCAGGGAAUGCGAGGGCCCAGAGACAGUCACCGAGAUGUGCUCCGUGUCCGAAUGCCCGGAUUUUGACAGUCUGAUGUUACUCGCAGGUUCGUCUGGAGAGCAGAGCUCCGUCCCUAGCUCCAGUCGCAUGUACCACAUGUCGGGUUGGAAGGACUGGAGUCGCUGGACGCAGUGCACCAAGCCCAAUCAGCUUCACAGACAUCGCAGUCGUCGCUGCUUAGUGGAUGAACCCACAGCCGGGCAGUGCAUCGGCUGCAUCAAGGAGCUUAAGCUGUGCGAUUCACCAGAGAAAGAACCGUUCCCGUACGCCAUCCCCGAGGUCCAGCGGUUACAGUCGCAGCCCGAGCUGGCCUGCUCGCAGCAGUCGGCCCAGCCGGGCGCCGGGGUCAGCCCGACGCUCAUCCUCAUCAUUGCUCUGUGCUCGGCGCUGAUCGGCGCCGUCUCCUCGGUGGGUGUCUACCGCUCCUGGCUCAAGGGUUGCCAAGCCAAGAAGAGACGCAGCUCCGACAACCGAGACCAGUUCUCCGACCGGUUUUCAGAUAAUGACGACGACGAUUACGACUGCCAGCAUCCCAGCGCAUUCAGACAUUACAAAACUGAGAUUCGGAGCAAUCCUAUCCCGAGCUGAAUGCUCGUGUACGGAUGAGCCAUGCAACUGCUUUUUGUACAGACUCUUCAUAGACGCCUUUUUUUAACUUUUUCUUUUUUUACCAAUGCUGCGUUUUGUACAUAUAAUGAUGCAGUGAUACAUACGCAGAAAAGUGCACAAGCUUCGCACAAUGAGUGGGCAAGAUUGCUUCAAAGCUACAGCUUGGCAGAUGAGACAAGAACGCUUUGUCUUCACGUUUCUUUUCUUAGUUCUCCUGCACUGAUCUUGAUGGUAACCAAAUAUAAUAUGUCUAUUCAUUACCCACCAGAAGAAACCAGUGGCGGAUCCUUCUGGAUCUGCAACUUGAAACCAACUCUAGUUAAUAUUAUGUGAAAUAAUUUGACAUUUCAUAAAAAUAUAAAAAAAUUCAACUUUUAAAAAACCUACAUAUCUUUUUGUUAUCCUUGUAUAUUAUCUAAAUAAAAUCCAUAGAAGCAAGAUUAUAGUCCAGUUGCCAAAUUUAGGCCUCGCUAAACCCUUUUCAUUUUCAAUUCCGGUUUCGCCAACUGUACCUGCAACUUGCCGUUUUAAAAUUGGCUAACAAGCACAUGCAGGCUUGUACUUAACCAAAACCUAGUAAUAUUACUUUGGUUACAGUGCCUUAAACGGUUUAACCAACUGGAUCAAUCAACUUAAGUUUAUGUUUUUUGAGUUGCAGAUUAAGGUAUAUUAUUUGCAGCUUGGUGUAAGAAACGCAGUAUUUGAUGUCCAUUGUAUAAAGACCCCUAUAUUUAUCAAAUCGUAAUAUUUUGACUUAUUUUUUGUGUGAACAUUACCCACCGGUCAUAUGAUAUUGUUAGAUUAAAUUACCCAUGUAACCAAAACAAAAACAAUACCUGCUGUGUAUAUGAAAGUAUUCAUGUUAUCAUGUCGUCUUGUAAUAAUUUAUAAGCUGUAAAUAUUAUGCUGUGAAUCAGCCCUGUGGAUGCACAGUCACAAAAUUAGUUUUUUCCUGCACAAAAAAAGAGAGAAAGACAAAUCAAAUUGAUGAGUUCUAUUGGUAAAUGCCAUAUGUUUGGUGUUUAUUCACAGGAUUUUGCAGCAGCUGCACAGCAGUUUAAAAUGCACACUUUGUAUAACACCCCCAAAAGAAGAUCGAUGUCUGUUGACAAAAAAA